CGACGAUGAUGCUCAGGCAAGCUGCGAAGAAGGCCCUAGGGCUUACGUCACGCCAAUCAACCCCGUGGUCCGUUGGCAUCUCCCGAUCCUACCACGAGAACGUCAUCGACCACUACGAUAACCCCCGCAACGUCGGGUCUUUCGAUAAGAACGAUCCCAGCAUCGGUACGGGCCUCGUUGGAGCUCCCGCGUGCGGUGAUGUGAUGAAGCUUCAGAUCAAGGUCGAUGAGAAGACUGGUCAGAUCGUUGAUGCGAGGUUCAAGACCUUUGGUUGUGGCUCCGCUAUCGCUUCUUCAUCUGUCGCCACUGAAUGGGUGAAAGGCAAAGCUAUGGAGGAAGUUCUGACCAUCAAGAACACCGAAAUUGCCAAGCAUCUCUCUCUCCCACCAGUGAAGCUCCAUUGCAGUAUGCUAGCCGAGGACGCCAUCAAAGCAGCUGUGAAAGACUACAAGGAGAAGCGACUGAAAACAAACGGGGCUGCAGCAGCAGCUGGACAAACCGCCCAGGCUUGAUUCCUUCUGCUAAUGUUUUAUACCAUAAUGUGUAUAUGAUGGUACAAACAGGGGGUUUUAGGAAGUAUUUUGAAUAAACUCUGUUGACAAUACAUCUGAGAUGUAAGCUGUUUCAUGUUUUGUAAUGGUUUUGCCAUACUUUGUGAGAUGUAUUAUCUAUUAAAGACAAGUCUACAAUUAUUUUUUUCUGUCUAUUUUGAUUUUGUUCGAAG